CCCGACACCACCGGGCAGCCAUGUUCGGCUCCACCAAUCCGUUCGGGCAGUCGUCCGGCAGCGCCUUCGGGCAGACCUCCAGCAACCCUUUCGGGGCCCAAUCGGGGUUCGGCCAGACCAGCACCCCCGCCAACAAUCCCUUCGGCAGCCCCACCCCCGCCUUCGGGGCGCCGCAGCCCGGGGCCGCCUCGCCUUUCGGCGCCACCCCCUCCGCCGGCGCCUUCGGCCAGCCGUCCGCUCCGGCCUUCGGGGCCACAUCCACCCCGGCGUUCGGCGCCGCGUCGACCGGCGGAUUUGGCCAGCCAUCCACGCCGGCGUUCGGUACCCCGUCGUCCUCCCCGUUCGGGACCUCCACGCCGGCCUUUGGCGCAUCGUCAACCCCUGCGUUUGGCACCGCGUCCUCCAGCUUCGGCAGUGGAUCUUUGUUUGGACAAAAGCCAAGUUUUGGUGGUUUCGGAUCAUCUCCCAGCCAGUCUAGUCCUUUCGGUGGCGCAUUCCAGCAAACACAACCAGCAUUUGGCAAUACCACUUUUGGCGCCACAACUACGCCAGCCUUUGGCACCACGCCCACGCCGGCCUUUGGUGCCACAACCACCCCGGCAUUUGGUUCGACAUCAACAUCCCUAUUCGGUGCUUCCAGCACACCAGCAUUUGGUUCCACACCCUUUGGUUCAACCACAACUCCUGCUUUUGGAGCUUCAGGUUCUACCACAGCGUUUGGUGUGAGUAGUGCUCCCGCUUUUGGAGCUUCAACCACACCUUCGUUUGGCGCAUCAACAAGUGCUUUUAGUUUUGGUUCUUCGCCGUCAUUUGGACAGACAGCAGCUGCAGCCGGUACUACUCCUUUCGGAACAACUCCUUCACCUUUUGGGGCACAAACUUCUCCGUUUGGUGGACAGACAGCAGCACCGGCGUUUGGGCAAGCUUCAUUUGGAAAUCAAUCUGGAGGAACCAGAGUACAGCCUUAUGCGCAAACACCAGAUGCUGACAGUGCUACAAGUGGUCAACCUGCUGCAAAACUUAAUUCUAUAUCAGCCAUGCCUGCGUACAAAGACAAGAGUCAUGAAGAAUUGAGGUGGGAAGAUUACCAGCGGGGAGACAAAGGUGGACCAAACACUUCUGUAGCACCAGUUGCAAACAGCUUUGCGUCUCCACAGCCGAUUUUUCAAGCAAAUCCAACGACACCAGCGAACCCAUUCGCUAAGGCCUCUACAGGUGGUUUUGGUGCUACUCCGAACCCAUUUUCGUCGGCCACGAUUGCCUCAUUUGGUCAAACUAGCAGUUCUGCAUUUUCCGCAAACACUUCACCAUCUCUGUUUGGAAAUACUACUACUUCACUAUUCAGCACGCCAUCGACAACCACAAAUCCAUUCAACACUGGCUUAUCCAUUAAUAACACUCAAUCAGCUGGGCUGUUUCAGUCUUCACCUGCAAUGACGCAGCAGCCAUUUAGCCAGUCUUUUAACCAGCAAUCAAGCACUCCAGCUUUCUCCACUGGUAUGUUCAACACAUCUAACCCUGGAAUGACUGGAGGGCUGUUUAGCAACACAUCUUCACCUUUUCAAACACCAACAUUUCCACAAUCUGCCCCUGCUCAAACACCAAGCUUGUUCUCAUUCCCUCAGACUCAACAAGCUUCUGCAGGUGGAUUCUCUGGUGUUGGAGGAUUCUCUGGUGUUUCCAACACACUGAAUCUGGGCCAGUUCGGACAGCAAACCACUGCCCAGUCCAAUAUGGUCAUGCAGCCAACUCUUAUUUCGAAUCCCUUUGGGACACUUCCUGCAAUGCCUCAGAUGUCCAUUGGGAAUGGUGGAUCCUCUCCCUCUAUCCAGUAUGGAAUAUCAAGCUUGCCGGUUUCUGAGAAGCCUCUCCCGAGCAGAGCAGUAUCCAUGGUUGUUCCUAGGCAUUUGUCACAGAGGAGGAUAAAACUGUUGCCACGGAAAUAUAAUCAGACAUCUGAUGGAAAGGUUCCAUUCUUUGCUGAUGAUGAAGAAUCUUCUGUGACACCAAAAGCAGAUGCCUUUUUCAUCCCUAGAGAGAACCCGAGAAGUCUGGUAAUCCGUCCAACUGAACAGUUGCGUUCACGUAGUGCGGUUGACAGGCAAUCAAUACCGAGCGUUUCAACUGAUCUUGGCAAACAAAAAGAUGUUUUGGUUAGCAGGGAGCGCAACAAGGCUUCCAUGUCACCAACUGGGUCUGAUCCAGUGGAAAAUGGCAUCUACCGCGAUGGCCACCACAAUGUAUCAAAUAAGCCCGAGGCUGAAGCACGGUAUGUGAAUGGUUCUUCUGUUGACAAGCUCAUGCCUAAGCUCUCCCAGGCAGAUUACUUCAUGGAGCCUAGUCUAGAGGAGCUUGCCGCCAAAGAACGUGCUGAACCAGGCUACUGCUGCCGGGUGAGAGAUUUUGUUGUCGGGCGCCAAGGCUAUGGCAGCAUCAAAUUCUUGGGAGAGACUGAUGUAAGGGGCCUUGAUCUGGAGUCAAUCGUGGAGUUCAAUAACCGUGAAGUGAUUGUGUACAAGGACGAGAGCAAGAAGCCCCCGGUUGGUGAGGGCCUGAACAAAGCUGCUGUGGUGACUCUUCUGAACAUCAAGUGUGUUAACAGGAAGACAAACGAGCAGUACACGGAGGGUCCUAGGGUGGACAAGUACAAGGAGAUGCUGGUGAAGAAAGCUGAGGAGCAGGGCGUGGAGUUCAUCUCGUUUGACGCUGUCAAGGGUGAGUGGAAGUUCAAGGUGAAGCACUUCAGCUCCUACGGGUUUGCUGAAGCUGAAUCAGGCCUGGUCGAUUCCUAGUAAGCUUGGCCGAUAUGUAUAAUUGGUCUGGGUAACUGCUUCCUGAUGGUUGCGAUGCUUUUGUUAUCUGGAUGCUGUUGUCUUGUAGGGUAAUCUGAACGCUGCUACGGCGUGUUCUUUCCUUUAUAUGUUUUCCUGUACAAUAUUUCUUAGCUUCCAUGGCAAAGAACUAGUACUACAGCCUGGCACCCUGUUAGUAUGUGUGUGGAUUGGAUAAGUGAUUUGAUUGUCUUUUUGAAAACGAAAGUAGAGGUUUCUUUUAA